AUGAGACCCACUAUUCUGGUGGCAGAAGUUCUGAUGGAGUGUCUGAAGCCCGGUGGAAGGCUCAAUGACACUGUCAUCGAGGGGUAUCUCCGCCUCAUAGAGAGACGAAACCAAGUGGGCGUGCAUGGGUUCUUGACCGUCCUAGCCCUAGAUACUUUCUAUAUGAAGGACCUCGAGGAUGGUCUUUUUAUUAGGGCAGCUAGGAGGUUUAAGAAAGUCAACCCGUUCGACACCGAACUAAUAUUAAUUCCCCUACACAUUCCGACCGGUAUCGGACAUUGGGUCCUUAUAGCCGUCCACCCCCACGUCAAACGGAUAUCAACGUUCGAUUCGUUGGGUGGCACUCACAUACCCGCGAUGGAAAGAGUACUCCACGACCUAGGGAGAUACGCCGCCCAAUCCCACGAUUUAGGGUGGUCCCCCACAAGCAUGGCUUCUUCACGACACGUCUCGCACUUGCCCUAG